AUGACAGAUGCGGGCCCCGGCAGCGCGAAGCCGGAGGACAUCGUGAAGGCGACGGCGGACGCCACGUCGCGCCUGCGGGACGCCAUGGCUGAGGCGCGCAGAGACCCGUCCAAGGAGAUCGGCAUCUCCGCGGAGGAGCUGCAGCAACGCCGCAAGCUCGCCUCCACGCCGCGCAAUUUUGUCAGCGAGCAGACGAGUCGCGCGUUCGAGGUGAAGAGCUCCGCACGGGCGCAGCAGAUCAUGAACAAGGGCCUCGCCACACGGCAGCGGGAGAUGCGCAAGAAGGAGAUAGCAGCAAAGAUGACUAUCUUGCGCAGGAUGCAGGUAGGGGUCUUCGUGGCGGGCAUGGGCCUGCUGUGGUGGAUGGGUGCCGAGUACCUGCUGCCGCAGUACGCCGCGGUGCAGCAGCGGAACCGUGUGCUGCAGCUGCGCCAAGAAAUGGCACAGCGCAAGCGGGAGGAGUACGCGAGGCAGCGGAACGAGACGGCGCAGUGA